AUGGCACGACGAACCCAUAGGAAAUCGCGGAAUGGCUGCCUCGAGUGUAAGCGGCGGCAUGUCAAGUGCGACGAGCGCCAGCCCAUCUGCUCCAACUGCAUCGCCUCGGAGCGCGUAUGCGAAUACGGCAGCCGCUUCCUCAGCGCAAAUCCUCGGUCUCCUUUUCCGGGAUCGGGAGCUCGAUCUCAAGCCCACGCUCAAACACAAGCGCACUCGGCGCCCACAACUCCAGGCUCCGGCGUCGGCAUCUCCCCGCAUCGCCAGCAGCGUCCCUCGCCCUCCUCGGCAUCUUCCAAUUUUUCCGACCAGCCCGUCAACAUGCUCCACGUCGAACUCUUCCACAACCUCUGCACCCGGACCCUCGAGACAUUCAACCCUACGCGGUCGAUCCCCUGGAUAGCUGAUAUUGUCAGCCAAUCAACCACAACACCCUACCUCGUCAACGAGCUCCUCGCGUUCAGCGCACUACAUAUGAGCACGACGCGGCCGCCCAUUCAACGGCCAUUCUACCGUUACCACGCGGCUCAACUUCAAACUCACGCGCUGGCCAUAUACAAGGAGAUGAAUCCCCCCGUCACGCACGAGACAUGCGUCCCGCUCUUCGUCUUUGCUGCCGUGUUGGGGAUCCAUAUGCUUUGCGACACGCUGAUUUACCGCGACGACAACGAAGAACAAGGGCGGCAUACGGGGGGGAACCAAGGCAGUAAUAAUGGCAGCCAGCCGCACGACUUCCGCGCCUUCCUCACCCGCUUCGUCCACUUCUUCCGGCUAUACCACGGCGUCCGCGCGAUCAUCGGCGAGGCGUGGCACUUCAUCCAGGAGACACCACUAGCCCCACACUUUAAGUACAACAUGGACCUGUACAAGCUCCUAGGCCGGCUUGGCCUGGGUCCCGGAUGCGCGAAACUCCUCGGCCUAGUCGAGCGCGCGAAUCUCGGCAACGACCUCACGAAGAUGUACAAGCAGGCCAUCGAGUCGCUGCAGACCUGCCUAAACGUCAUCGACGGCUCAACCUCAACCUCGACCCCACCAUCAUCAUCAUCAUCAACAACAUCAACAUCACCCGGAUCCGGCUCCCCCCGUCGCGAUCUCAUGCACCAACACAACGCCGCAAUAAACGGCGUAACGACAUGGCCGCUCCUGCUGGAUAUCGAGUUCGGGGAUCUGCUUGAGCAGGGACGGCCCGAGGCGUUGGUGAUCCUUGCGCAUUAUGGGAUGUUGCUCCAUCGGUUCCGGGACUCGUGGCUGUUUGGCGAUUCGGGGCGGUUCGUUGUGCAGGGGGUCAUGAGGUUCUUGGGGCAAGGGUGCGGGUGGGAGGAGUGGUUGGAGUGGCCGAAUGAGGUUGUUAGUCGUUGA